GACUUUGUGGCUUUCGUGUGUAGUUUUUCUGUGAAUCAACUGCUUAUUCUUCGUGUAAUUGCACUUGAAACUGCCUGAAAGCAAUCUAAGAGUCUUUCUGAGUGCACUGUCGAUGGACUUACGGUGAAAUUUGCAUGAAUUGUGCGUGAAAGAGUGAAUUUUGAGACUUUUUGUUUAUGCUUGCCUCUGACCACGUCUGAGAGACGCAACAGCAAUUUCCCUGAGAUUCCCCAAUAAUUGCGUGAAAAGAGUGAAAAGUGACCGGGAGUGAUUGUGGGGGACGCAGUCUUUAUGGUGUCAUAGUGCUGACAGUGGAGGAAAGCGUGAAUUUCCCCUGAGAAGCGAUGGAAAUUUGCACAGAGAGCAGCGGAGUUGAUACGUCGCCGGACAUGAAUUCCAGUGCAGACUUGACUCCGGACCGAAUGCCGCAUCCCCGCAAGCUCUUCUUCGGCAGCUCCCCGGAGUCGGGGAAUAACAUUUCGCAGUCCAACCUCAUCCUCAGUCCCAAGAAGGACGUCUCCAUGUCGCCGCCGUAUCGCAAAGUGCGAGCUCUGAGGCUCUUCGACACGCCAGCGACGCCCAAGACCAUCCUGAAGAAGCUGUCGGUGAGCGAGGCGCGGAACGCCGCCAAGGAUCCGGACAGAUCGCGAGGCGAAGCGGACUUCAUGGACGUCCUGGCGCGCCCCAUUGAUUACCAUUCCUCCUCCACGCCUCUGCAGCUCGAUCGCGUGAGGCCACGCGUGAUGCCGCUGCACCUGCACAAUCUCAGCUUCGACCAGAAGCGCCCCAGCGCCAACAUCAAUCCCUUCACGCCGGACGGCAUGCUGAUGAAGACGAAGAAGCGGACGCGCUUCGAGCUGUCGGAGAAUCACAACCACUCGCUGCCGCCGCGACUGGGCUGCGACGGCGGGCGCUUCUCCGACGACGACAGCUACGAGAUGAGGCAGGCGCCGAAGCGUCUCGCCCUGCAGGACACCAACAUCAGUCGCUACGAGAGGGAAUUCGUGCAGCUGUCGCUGAUCGGCGCCGGCGAGUUCGGCCACGUCUUCAAGUGCCUCAACAGACUCGAUGGCUGCAUCUAUGCGAUCAAGAAGAGCAAGAAGCCCAUCGAAGGCAGUGUCAGCGAGCGAAUCGCACUGAAUGAAGUCUGGGCCCAUGCUGUGCUGGGGAAACACGACAACGUGGUGCGAUAUUAUUCAGCGUGGGCUGAAAAUAACCACAUGCUCAUCCAGAACGAGUACUGCAACGGAGGAAGUCUUCAGUCGCUCCUGCAAACGAGGCAUCUCAAUGAAUCCGAGCUGCGAAUACUUCUAAUUCACAUAACAGAGGGAUUGAGAUACAUUCACUCCAGCGAUCUGGUUCACAUGGACCUCAAAGCAGGAAAUAUCUUCCUGACGAAAGCGCCUCAAAGACUCACGGCAGUCGAGAAUCCCGACGAUGGCUUCGAGGACAUCAUCGACGAGACGGAGCGCGAUGUGAUAACGUACAAGAUUGGUGAUCUGGGCCACGUGACGUCCGUGAUGGAUCCGCAAGUGGAGGAGGGCGACUGUCGAUAUCUGCCGGCUGAGAUUCUGCUCGAUGACUUCACGCAGCUGCCCAAGGCGGACAUCUUUUCGCUGGGCAUCACGCUGUACGAGGCGGGCGGUGGCGGUCCGCUGCCCAAGAAUGGCCCCGAAUGGCAUCGGCUGCGCGACGGAAACAUCCCAGAAUUGCCAGGCCUCAGCAGUGAGUUCAACAACCUGAUCAAGCUCAUGACGCAUCCGGACCCAAAGCAGCGACCAUCGCCCAACUCCAUCUUCAAUCAUCCGCUUCUUUGCUUGACGGACACAAAGUCGAAGGCGCAACUCUCGAUGGAAUUGUCGAUGGAGAGGCAAAAGAAUGAGCUGCUGAUGAAGGAAUUGAAGGAGACCAAGAGGAUUCUCAAGUCCUACGAAAUGUCCAAGACGCCAAACACAAUUUCCGUUCUUCCAGUUUCAAAGAGGAUGAAGAGUAAUGCUUCACCAUUCAAAUGUGAUAGACAAUUGCGGUCUUACUCGAAAAAUAAGAGGAUUUCGUCUGUGAGGAAAAGUGCCCGAAAUUUUCGCGACAGGAAUAAGAAUAUUAUCGAUUUCUAGAGCUACAGGAGGAGCCAAUUUAAGUGCUCUCUCUCUCUGUCUUUACAUAUUUAACUUUUUAAGGCAUUGAAGAAACAGCGUUUUUGGAUUUAUUUUUGACUGGGAGACAAUUUGAAUCAUCAAUCAUUGAUGAAAAUUAUUGUUACUGAGCAUGGAAGAGAAAUCAUGAAAUGGCCAAGAAUGUGUGCUUUUGGGAAGGGUGAAGAAAAAGAAGAAAUUCUGUCUAAAAUUUGGCUAUCAGUGAAUUUAUGGGCCAAAAAUCUCCUUUUUUCUGUAAAUCAUUCAAUAUAUUUCUUAAGUUUGCUUCUCAAAUUUACACACUUUUGUAGAAGUUUAAUUGGAAAGAGGAAAUUUCUAAAUAUUAUGAAUUGUGAAAUCUUUCUGGAAUAUGACAAGAAAACAGAUACGAAAUUACUUUUAUUAUUCUUGCUUUUAUGCUGUAUUUUUAUUCUUUGUAAGCAGAAAAAGUUCAUCGUUCUUUUUUUUAUGUUUGAAAUUUGCUUCUCUAACCAUUUAAGAUUCAAAUGAGAAAUAAUCAUUGUGGUAUGAAUUUAUUCAUGAUACUGCACUAUUUUACUUGUGAUGGCGAUUAGAAUUCUGUAUAGAUUGUAUAGUUUUAAGAUUUAUUUUAAGGCUUGCUAAAACGAAAGAAUGACAGAAGCAUUUUUAAUACUUCCAUUUCGGAAUCUCAGACUAAGAAACAAAAAAAAAUCAUAACAAUAACUCAAAUGCUUUCUUUUAUCAGACAAAGUGUUGCAAAAAAUUUUAACCUGAUUGAUGAAAAUCCUACGUUAAAUUCAACAGUAAAAUAUUUUAUUUACCAUUAAUAGUUUUGGAUAAGGAAUGAUAAUGUAAUUAAUAAAAAAGUGCUCAA